AUGGCCACCUUGAUUCAAGUCUCUAUGUCCGACAACCCACACCUUACCAUCUGGAACUGUUGGUUCUGCGAUCACAACUUUGUCGGGUUUUCGGGAAUUCUUCACCAUUGGGAACAAGCCAGAUGCAUCAAGUACGGGCGCAUUAAAGAGCUCGUCUUUGAGACUCCCGAGUACGCCUGGUGUGCCAACAGGAUCACCGAUAUGUUCCCUUUCUUCUGUCACAACUGCAGGGCCCAGUUCCAGCAGAUCUCUCAAGUGUAUUACCAUGCUGAGCGAAACACUGCUUGCCAACACCUCCUUCAUCCCGACCACUGCUUGGGUGCCUUGCAGAAGUUUAUCCUUGACUAUUACAACGCCGAGGGUACGGACACCGUCGAAGACAUGAUGUGA